GAACUAUUGGCAGAGCUUGUACUAUUUCCGUCAGUACCGUUGCCUUUGAGAACAACUGAUACGACAGUAGAACUCGUGUCUUGGUUAUCAGAAUUAGAGUUGGCUGUUGAAUUAUUAUGUGUAUUGGUGGAAUUUGUGUUAGUUGAGUUCGAUGAAGUAUCAGUGCCAUUUAAUGGGGAAGUUGUCGAGUUAACUGCAGAAGAGGAUGAAGAUGAGGGAGAGGGAAGUGACGAGGAAGAUGAUGAGGAAGAUGAGGAAGAUGAGGAGGAAGAUGAAGAAGAUGAAGAGGAGGAAGAAGAGGAAGAUUGUUGA